UACAUCUUAAGGUUACAGAAUGGCAUGCCAUGUUACUCUAUAGCAAUACUACUCAUAAAUUCAUUAAGAGAGGACACAAGAGUUAUGUUCCUAAUAUGAUCAGUGGGGCAGCUCAAGCCGAUAUAGGUGUUCUGGUGAUUUCUGCUCGUAAAGGGGAAUUUGAAACUGGAUAUGAGAGGGGUGGGCAGACCCUUGAACAUGUCCAGCUGGCAAAGACCUUGGGUGCGGCGAAGCUACUUGUAGUAGUUAAUAAGAUGGAUGACCAUACCGUCAACUGGUCUAAAGAAAGGUAUGAUGAAAUUGAGUCAAAGAUGACACCUUUUCUGAGGUCCUCAGGCUACAAUGUGAAGAAAGGUAUUGGAACUGUUGUUUUUUAAUUAGUUGCAAGUUGC